UAAAAUUAGAACUACAAAAGUAGAUGGAUUUUCUCAUAAAUUUAGCUGAAUAUCUCAUAAAUCAGCCAGCAGGUCACAUCAGCGAUGAAUAUGAAGUAGCGCUGUUUAUUGGGGAAUAUUGUUGUGAGCAGUAAGCCUUCGUAGUGCCGAUUUUUCUCAAAAGAUGGAGCUAGAAGAGGAAUUCGAUACUCACUUCUGCGUCAACUGUCAGUCAACGAUCGUCGGAUUGAUGAACUAUAUUACCCAUAAAAAAUCGCUGUGUCCGGCUAGGAGUCAAACCUUCACUCCUUCAAACUCACAGAAUAAUCCAUCCUCUCUAAGUACUAAUUCUUUAAAUGUGAAUGUGAAUCAUCAGCUUCAAGAGCUAAAUGUGAAUCAGCAACAGCUAAAUGUGAAUGAACAACAACUAAAUGUGAAUCAUCAGGACUUAAAUGUGAAUCAUAGACAAAACUUAAAUGAUCAAACUAUCAAUGUGAACCAAGAAUAUGGGAAUGCAACAAUUAAUAGUAACCAUAGUAACCCCCAUCAAGGCCUGGAUGUGGAUGUCCCGGAUCAUGUCAAUGCUUUUGUGGAAGGCUGCCUCAGCCCCAGCUCAAAUGUUAUUAACCCUAAUAUGAUACUAGAGCAAAACACUAACAAAAAUGUCAGCGAUUUUUUCUCGUCAUUAGAGUUAAAAAGUAAGGAAACAUUUGACCAGAAUGAUGAUGAGCAUGACGGUGAAGUAGACGACUUAUCAGAUAUCGAUCUUCCCGAUGAGAAAUCUCUAAGAAUUGCAAAUAUUCUCACAGAUUUGGGGUUUAGUAGCGACUCUGAAAAUUACAAUUCUGAUUUUUACUCAGAUUUGGACUCUGAUUCAGAUUGUGGGCGACCGCCUCAAAGUGGCGGCAAAUGGAAACCAGGGUCAGGGCCUUAUUCUGGAUCUGGGAUAACGAGGGUGAGGUGGAGACCAGGGGGCAAACAAGCACGUCACAGGGGUAAAUGGCUGCCUCAUGGUAAACAAAUCACUAACGAAACAACAGAAGAUGAGGGACCUACAGUGAGGGAAGAGCCAACAGGCGGGAAAAAAUGGUCAUCUGAUAUCCCCAUAGAUCAGCUCAAAAAUGUCAAUAGCGAUUCAGAUUCUAGCAAUGAUGAAGACAAUAAUCCUGCAUUUGAACGUAACUACAAACCAAUGCCAUUAUCCAAAAAACGAAAACUUCAAUCCACAAAAAAAUCUAAUCUAAGUAGUGAUGAGAAAGAAAAUUACUGUGACAUUUGUGCUAAGGCCUUCAAAUCACCCGACUAUCUGAAAAUCCAUAUCCGAACAGCAAAACAUCUCAACAGCCUCAAAACACAACCGAAUUCUGGAGAGAGCCCUCGAGAAGAAAUCCGACCAAAACAGUCUUUCGUUUGUACCAUCUGUGACAAAACAAUCGAGGAUAAAUACAAUAUGGCGAAGCAUUUGAUGACAACGUAUCAUCAACGUAGGGCCAUGGGGCAUCCAGACAAGUUUAAGUAUAUACAACAGUACCAGCUGGCAAUGACGAAACUGAGUCCGCAGCAGUGUGGAGUCUGCAACUUCUACUGCAAUACAGCAGAAACUUUACAGGUGCAUAUGAAGAGCCAAGCCCACAAUGAUAAAUGCUGCAACCUUUUGGGCCCUCUAUUGUGUGUUUUAUGCAACUAUAAAUGUGACACAAAUACUGAGAUGCUCAAUCACAUCCAAAGUGCCCCCCACACAACAACUGCUGAGGGGAGUAAGAGACCGUGUACUGUAAAAGAAUGCAGGUAUCGAAUACGUUGUAAAUUAUGCGACAAGGCCAUGCAUAGUGCUUCAAAACUAUUAUCACAUAUGCAAAGCAAACAUAGUGUUGACUCAUCAUUAACGUUAAAUCUAGGUCGACGUCGUGGUCGCAAUUGUCCAAAAUGCCCAUAUUGUGCUGUGGAAUGCCAGUCUGUGUUUGCAAUGACAGUACAUAUAAGACGUAAACAUACAAAGGAACGUCCAUUCAAAUGUGAGCCUUGCCAAACACAAUUUUGCGACAAAUAUACCUUAUCUUUGCACAAAAAGAGCAAAUCCCAUUUGCGGAUUAUGUACCCAGAACCACCUGUUGCCAUGGAAACAGAACCCGAGGUUAAGAAACGAGGACGUGGGCGACCAAAACUUCCGUUUGAUCCAAAUAGAUCCAAGUGCAAUAAAUGUGAUUAUGUUGCACCCACAUAUCAAGCUCUGAGACCACAUUAUAUCAAAGUACAUGGUGUCGGCCUUCAGGGGUGUGAAAUAUGUGGAAUUUCUCUUCCGAAACAAUAUUUAGCAAAACACCGAAAAAGUCGGAAACAUAUUCAUAACCAAGAACUUCGCGAUGAAGGUAUUCCUGCCACAAAGUGUCGCUACUGCAGUAAGCUUUUCUAUCAAAAAACAGAUAAAGAUGAAAAUUGCCUUUUGACUCAUGAACAGCUACAUUUUCAAUCAAAUACAGUGUUGUAUGCUAAAUACAAAGAUUUUUUCGAUAAUAUAGAGCGAGAAAGAACGGAGGAAGGACAUGAAGUACUAGGUGGCCGUGGAGGCAGUAAGAAAGUCAAUUGUCCGGAAUGUGAUAAAUCGUUAUGCCUAUCAUACAUUGUCACGCAUCUCAACAUACACAAUGAUAUCAGUCCAUUUAUGUGUAAGUUUCCCGGAUGUAAGAAAACGAUGCAUGACCCGGGGCAGUAUUUAAUGCAUAAACGAUUACACCUGCAAGACAAACGCUACGAAUGUCCACAAUGUGAUUUGACAUUUAUACGUAAAGCAAAGAUGAAUGAGCACAUUGAUCGGAAACAUUUCAUCAAAACUGAAGAUUCCAAGUUUUUCAUUUGUAGUUUCUGCGGAAAGGAAUGUGUAAGCCAACAGCAGUUGAAAGCCCAUGAGAGAACCCAUAGUAAAUUUUAUGCAUGUAGUUUCUCCGGAUGCUCUACCAGAUUCGCUGAUAAAGCUGCCCUCAUUGCGCAUGCGCGGGUACAUACUGGAGAAAGGCCUUUUCUAUGCGAUCUUUGUGGUUACCGCGGGAAACUGCAACAACAGUUAACACGCCACAGACGGACCCAUACUGGGGAGAAAAACUUCCAUUGCGAAUAUUGCCAGUAUAAAGCUACGAAUAGCACAAACCUAGCGCGACAUAUGAAAUCUCACACUGGUGCCUCUCCUUAUAAAUGCCUCUAUUGCGACCACUCGUCACGAACACUUGAAAACUUUCGUAAACACAUCCUGAAAACAAACCGUCAUCCAAAUGCAUUCGUUUACGUCUGCCAGAUAUGUGCCAAGGCUGAUCCACCUUGCGGAGAAGGCUGUAGUACAAAUGACACCGCAGUAUUCAAAAGACACCUCAUGGAGGCCCAUAGUAGCAUUAUAGGUAACACCCCAGAAUCUGCAAUCAUCUGCGGUUUAUACAGCGGAAUAUACGACCCCAGAAAGGACAUUCGCAAAGUUCCAGAAGGCUCAAAGGCUCUCCCAUUACCGGAACGUCAACCAAGACAAAUGCUAUGUCAACCAGUAGUAAAGAAAAAGACUAACGAGCAUAAUUAUUCCGACCUAGUGGUGACACCUAGUGAGAGCGAUAUAUAUGAAGAGCAACUUGAAAUACACUCGCUGGAUAUGUUAGGGGAGAAUAUUGAAAUAUAGUAUAUCAUCAACAGAAUUA